AUGGACAUGUUUUCAGUGACAUUGAAGAAAUCACCUGUAGCAUACUUCUUGGAGAAAGUUGGCAAUGGAAAUUCUUUAUGGAACACAACAACUCUUGGGGAUGAAAAAGGAAGAGAACGGGUUUAUGACACUAUCUUCCGCUUGCCAUGGAGAUGUGAAUUGCUUAUUGAUGUUGGCUUCUUUGUCUGUUUCAAUUCCUUUCUGUCAUUGUUAACUGUGAUGCCAACAAGGGUGGUAAUGAUCGUUUGGAAGCUUCUGAAAACAAGGAAGUUCAAGAGGCUGUCUCCAGUUGAAUUGUUGGAUUUUGGCUAUUUUAUUAUUAUGGCUUGUGGAAUCACUGUUUUGCAGCAAAUAGAUAUCAGCUUCAUAUAUCAUAUAAUCCGUGGUCAAGCAACAAUCAAACUGUAUGUGAUCUACAACGUCUUAGAGGUAUUUGAUAAAUUAUGUCAAAUUUUUAAUGGGGAUGUGUUGCAAAUGUUAUUUUAUUCGGCCGAAGAACUUGGAAGGUGUCCUUCUGAAACACGGAGUAUGAGACUCUGCAUUUGGAGAUUUAUUUCGGACCAAAUUUUAGCUGUUGUUACAACAAUUGUUCAUUCUUUUAUUUUAUUAGCUCAGGCAAUUACUUUAUCAGCCUGCAUUGUUGCUCACUACAAUGCACUGCCAGCUCUGCUGGUGUCAAAUAAUUUUUCUGAGAUCAAAAGCUACGUGUUUAAGGGAUACAAAAAGGACAAUAUUCAUAGUAUGGUGUACUUUGGGGAACAAACACGAUCCGUGCCCAGCAUUCAGCUUAACCCCUUAGAAAAUGGUAUGAGUUCUGUAGCCUUUGACUCUUCGCUCUCACUUUUGCAAGCAUUCGCCAUUUGCAUUGCAUUAGUUGAUAGCAAGAUGCCAUGUGAGCUUUCUGGAACAAGAAAGUCGCAAACCGAGGAACUAAAGGCUUUUGGUAAAUUAGAAGAUAUUCCUACAAGUUAUGUUUCUAAUCCACCAGUUUCUCCUGUUGGUAACUUUUCUCUUCCACUUGCUUCGCUGCUCUUCAAACCCUCGUGCGUCUUUGAGGCAAUCAUAUUCUUAACGCAAAGGGACAAGGCGAGGACAAAGGAAAUUGAACUCUUAAUGCAAAUGCAGAAUUUUAGUGGAAGACAGGGAUUGGAAUCACCCGCUGAUGGUAGACGUUCAUCUGAGUCUAGCUACCGUAUUGGAGAUAAUGGAACUUUAGGGGGGACAAAUUAG